AUGAAUAGUGUUUUACGUAGUGUUUUGUCGCUGAAAGGCUGUAAAAGCCUUUUGGAAGCCGCAAAUAGUGUGACCUGCAAUACGACUCAAGAUGGUCGAGCUGAUAUGACAAAUUUUGAAAUGGACCUCUUUGAUGCAAGGAUGAAUUCAUAUUCUGUCGAAAAAGAAGAAAGUGAACAAUGCUGCAAACACACUAUUAUCAAACCAGCUUGUAUUCCCAUAUCUAUAAUUUCUUUAUUUAUUUUUAUGAUUGUAUUUUUUCCAUUAUUUAAUGAGGAUUCCGCCGAUGCCACACUUUCUCGAUAUGAAAGAAGUGGUUUCUGUAUGGACCAGUGCAGUUUGGGAAUUGUCGAAUCGAUACCCACAAAUCUAACUUAUCCGAAUUUUACUCAAACAAUGUCGACAUAUGAGGCUUGGAAAUCUUUAUUAGACAAUGCUGCAUUUUCUAUCGAUCUUGCUGUGUUUUAUUGGAAUCUAAGAGAUAAUUUUAGGCAUCCAACAGCUUGGCAGGGCCAAGACAUCUUUGAUCGAAUCGUAUUAGCAGCCAAACGUGGUAUCAGGAUUCGUAUUGCUCAAAAUAUGCCAUCGCAUAUUUCAAAUGGAUCAGACUCUGAAUUUUUAGCUUCAAAUGGAUACGCUUCUGUUCGUACUCUUAAUUUCUCAUCGCUUUUGGGGGCUGGUGUACUUCAUACGAAAUUUUGGAUUGUUGAUGCAAGGCAUGUUUAUAUUGGCUCCGCAAAUAUGGAUUGGAAGUCAUUAACUGAGGUGAAGGAACUGGGAUAUUUAAUUUCCAACUGCACUUGUAUAGCUCAUGAAUUUUCGAAGAUAUUCGCGGUCUAUAGGCGUCUUGGCGUUAAUGAUGCGAAAAUUCCAAAGAAAUGGCCAAUAAAUCUUCGAACUUUUUUCAAUUUUUCACACCCACUUGACAAUUCUCCGCCAAGAUUUAAUACGAAGGGCCGUGAAAGUGAUGAUAUUAGCAUUGUUAAAGCAAUGGAGGAUGCAAAAGAAUUUAUCCAUGUGUCCGUUAUGGAUUAUCUUCCAACCACUCUUUAUAUGGGCAAAAGAAAGAAUUUUUAUUGGCCAAUGUUCGAUGAUGCGAUAAAAUCGGCUGCUUAUCGAGGUAUUACUGUUCGACUUUUGGUUGGCAACUGGAGUCAUUCAAAACCUGCAAUGAUUCCAUUUUUGCGAUCUUUAACGGUAGUUAAUCAAGCAUUACCACGCCGAUUUAAUUCGUCAGGCAAAAUCGAAGUGAAAUUAUUUACUAUUCCUUCCAAUGAAGAACAGCGAAAAAUACCUUUCACACGUGUAAAUCACAAUAAAUUUAUGGUAACGGAUCGUAUCGCAUACGUAGGAACGUCAAAUUGGGCUGGCGACUAUUUUAUAAAUACCGCUGGAGUUGGUGCUGCAAUUAUUUUGCCAUCUGUAGUUGAGUCGCUAAAUAGGAUAUUUUGUCGCGAUUGGUAUUCUCAAUACGCCGUUGACCUCGAACAUGUCAAAUAA